GUUUACAAGCGUGUGUCCGACAUACAUUUACGAAUACAUAAAAAAUCGUGAACAUUGAGAAACAUUCUGGUGAAAUACGAAAAAAUGUCGCGACUUGGUGAAUUUGAAGAGGUAUGCAAAAAUUUGCGAAUUGCAAAAAGGAAGAAUAUUAGUUUGCUGCAUAAAUUUGUGUUUGAAAGUGAAGGUGAUCGUACAAAUCGUGAACGCUUACGUGAAUUUAAAGGAUUUGAAUAUGAUGAAACUAGCCAAGAAUACAAGGAGAAAAUAAAUUUCGUUGCUGCAAAUCUAACAGACGGUGAUCUUGUUAUAAUCUGCCAUUUGCUUGACAUACGUCAUAAUGUGAACGAUUUAGCAAAUCACAUAUUCUCGAAAUUGCGAAGGGGACAACUGCUUGAUGCCGAUGAUGAACAAGAAGAAGAAGAUGACGACGAUGAUGAUUUUGACGCUAACGAUGUAGCUGAUGAAUUAAACGAAGUGCACAUAGACGAUGUGAACAACGUUAACGACGAAAGUGUGAGUCUGGCAGGUAGUGACGAGAGAUAUAGAACAGCAGAAAUACCGAGUGCUCGUGAAAGAGAAAAUAGAAGCAAACCAAAUACAGCUAAUUCGACAGUAAUGGAGAGAAAUAUUGAGUUCGCUGCCGUAGGCAAUGGGAACGUGCCAAAAUUCGCUCUUAAUUUUCGAGAUAUCGAGGAUUCAAUCCGUUUAUUUAGUGGCGAUGAUACAUUAUCAAUCGAAGUGUGGAUUAAUGAUUUUGAAGAUAUGGCUUCUAUAAUGCAGUGGGACAGCUUACAUAAGUUUAUAUUUGCAAAACGAUCGCUUAGAGGUUUGGCUCGUAUGUUUGUAUCAAGUGAGCGUGGCAUAUCAACGUGGCAAGCAUUAAAACAAGCACUUCUUAGUGAAUUCAAAAAGACAACGAAUAGUGCAGAACUUCACAAACAGAUGAGUGAAAGAAAAAUGAAACGAAGUGAAAGUGUCUUAGAGUACUUACUGAUAAUGAAGGAACUAGCAACGCGCGGAAAUAUAGAUGAUGAAGCUAUUAUGCAAUACGUGAUAGAUGGUAUAAGUGAUCGAAGUGUUAAUAAAUCUAUAUUAUAUAAUGCUCGAGAUAUCAAAGAGUUCAAAGAAAAACUAAAAGCGUACGAAAAAAUGAAGGGAAAAGUGAACUAUGUGAAAAACGAUGAUUAUUCAAAAAAUACAAAUAAAAAAGAACAGUGGAGUGACGCAAAGGAAAAAUAUGACGACAAAGAUAAUAAUAAAAACGCUAUAAAAUGCUAUAAUUGUGGCGGCAAGGGACAUGUUUCCGAGAAUUGCGAUCAUAAGAGUAAAGGCAAGAGAUGCUUUAGUUGCAAAAGCUUUGGUCACAUUUCGAAAGAUUGUCAAAAUAAUAAUAACAAAGCCGAAAGUGAGAGUAAACCUAAUAUGCGAAAAAUUGUGGACGAAGAUUCAGUGAUGUACAAACGAGUGAAAGUUCAAGAUAAGAAUUUCGUAGCCUUCUUUGAUUCGGGAAGCAAGUACAAUAUCAUGAAUGACGUUUCGUACAAAAGUUUGAACAGUUCAGUCUUAAAUAAAGUGAAUAUUUAUUUAACGGGUUUCGGUUCUAAAAAUAAAAUAAAACCAAUCGGAUCGUUUAAAGAGAAACUAUUUAUUGACGGUGAAGAAUAUGAGACAGAAUUUCUGGUGGUUACCGCAGAAAUACUUCCCAACGAAAUAGUUUUAGGUGAAACUUUUGCUAAAAAUGCCGAAAUAAUUAUAAAACCGGAUGGUUUAACAGUUCGCAAAGUCAAGAGUGAGUGUAAUAACUCCAAUAACAAUCAAAACCAAAAUUAUGACUCUACAAAUGAAAUAGACAUGAUGAUGAAAAUAGAAAUUGACAGUGCUGAGAGUAAUAUGAUUGAUAUCGAUGAAAAAUCUAGUAAAACCUCAAUUGACUAUGUGAGUAAACUCAUCAAAAACUACAAGCCGGAGUGUACAAAGUCGACAAACGUUGAAAUGAAAAUAGUGGUAAAUGAUGAGACUCCGAUAUAUUCAAGGCCGCGCAGAUUUCCUUUCACAGAACGCUGCAUAAUCGAUGAUCAAGUAGAGCAGUGGUUGCAAAGUGGUAUAGUCGAGCAUUCUGACUCACAGUACUGUAGUCCCGUGGUACUUGUAAAAAAACGUGAUGGUACCCCACGGUUAUGCAUCGAUUAUAGACGGUUAAACAAGAUUGCAGGAAGCCAGUUACUUCAGCACUAUUGACCUUAAAAUGGCUUCUUUCAUGUCGAUGUUAACCAAGACAGCCGAAAAUAUACAUCAUUUGUAACACACAGCGGUCAGUAUCAGUUCCGCAAAGUGCCGUUUGGAUUGAGCAAUUCACCUGGUGUCUUUCAAAGACAUGUAAAUGCCAUAUUUCGAGAUUUGACGCGUAAAGGCAUUGCUUUACCUUAUGUGGAUGAUAUAAUUAUACCAGCGAAAACUGAAGAAGAAGCUGUGAAAAAUCUUUCAAUCGUGUUCCAACGUUGCCAAGAGUAUGGACUAAAUAUAAAUUUCAAAAAAUGUAGUUUCCUGAAGACAAAAAUACAAUUCUUAGGACAUAUUAUAGAGAACAAUAAAAUAAAAAUAUCUGAUGAGAAGACAUGCGCCGUUACAAAAUUCCCAAUUCCAGUGAACCAAAAACAACUCCAAAGUUUUUUGGGCUUAGUAGGAUAUUUUCGAAAGUUUAUUCCAAUGUUCUCAAUCAUUGCAAAACCGUUGACCGAUUUAUUGAAGAAAGAUGCCAAAUUUUCAAUUGACAAUAGAGCGCUGAGUGCGAUUAACA